AUGGGAAGAUUAUUAGGUUUGGAGCUUAACAAUUUCAAGUCAUAUCGUGGCAAUACCAAGAUAGGCUUUGGGUCGUCGUCGAAUUUUGUAUCGAUUAUAGGACCCAAUGGUUCAGGAAAAUCAAAUAUGAUGGAUGCUAUAUCUUUCGUGUUAGGUUUGAACUCAGCACAAUUAAGAUCAAGGCAAAUAAAAGACUUGAUAUAUAGAGGAAGAAGAGACACAUUAGGCGAUUUGGAUGACACUGCUGUUGAUAUUGAACAAGACCCAAGAUCAGCAUAUGUCCUAGCUGUUUAUGAAAAAGACAAUGGAGAAAUCUUGCGAUUGAAAAGAUCUAUUUCAGCGACCGGAAGCACUGAUUAUCAGAUUGACGAUCAGUCUGUGACAAAGCUCAACUAUACAGCUACAUUGAAGCAAGAAAAUAUCCUCGUCAAGGCAAGGAACUUUCUCGUAUUUCAAGGAGACGUUGAACAAAUCGCGUCGCAAAAUCCAAAGGACUUGUCUGCUAUGAUUGAACAUAUCAGCGGAUCCAACGAAUACGUCGAUGAAUAUGCACGUUUAAAAGACGAAAUGGACAAAGCCCACGAAGUCACCAACGAAGUAUUUUCGAGAAAGAGAACUUUGAAUUCAGAAUCGAAACAGUACAAGGAGCAAGCUUCUGAACAGCGUCAAUUUGAAAAGAGUCUUGUAUUGAGAAAUGAUCUCGUAAAGAAGCUCAACUUGUAUCAAUUAUAUCAUAAUGAAAACAAACACCAUAAAUUGAAUGAUGAGAUCAGGUCAAAGCAAGACCAAUUGAAGGAUAUGAAGAAUGCUCUUGCAAAGAAAGAACAAACUUUCAAGUCCUUGACGUCGGAGUACUCGAAAACAGCUCUUGAAUUAAAAAACUACACCAAACAAAUUGAGCAGUCAAACCAGAAAGUAGAAUCCACCAAACGAGGUUUGAUACCGGUUGAAUCAAGCAAGGCAUCAUUGUCGUCGAAGAUUAAAUCUCUGGAAAACAAGGUGUCUGAUUUGGAGGUCGAUAUUGCUUCACAAAAGGCACAAAUCAAGAGUCUCGAAAAACAACUUCGUGACAGCAAAAAGUUGUUUAAAGAUUUUGAGGAACAGGUCAGAGUUUCCAUUUCUGCCUCAUCUAAACUAAAUAUUCCUGAGGAUGGCCAAGAGGAAUAUGAGAAGCUUAGAGCUGAGUAUCUAGCAGCAAGUGGAUCUGAACUAGAGGAGCAAAUUUCGUUAUUAGUUAACGAAAAGGACUCUUUGACAAUCAAAGAGAAAAGUUUAACGAGUCAAAAGUCUAAUACCGAGUCGAGGAUGCAAGAUCUCCAGUCGAGUCUCAAUUUGGAGUUAAAAUCAAAGUUGAAUGACUUGGACAACGAAAUCAGUCAAGUCUUGAACAAGAAGAGAGAAAAGAAUGACGUCAGAAGCAAGCUCAUCGAGCAAAAGGAUGUAUUUAAUCAAAAAGAACUUGAGAUUAAUACAGAGCUCAAGGAAGUUUUGUUGAAGUUGGAAGAUUUGUCGUCGCAACAACGCGCAUCUAACAAACAGAAGAAAUUACGAGAAAACAUAUCCACACUCAAAAGAUUACUUCCAGCUGGGUCUAUCAAAGGAUUAGUACAUGAAUUAGUCAGACCUGCUGAACAGAAAUACGAAUACGCUUUGCUGACAAUUUUGGGACGAAACUCUGAUGCAAUAAUAGUGGAAACUGCUGCGAUUGCCUACAGAUGUAUUGAUAUUUUAAAGGAAAGAAGAGCAGGUGUGGCUACAUUUAUCCCCUUGGAUUCGGUCGAGUUUGACCCAGUUAACUUGAGCUACUUGCGGUCAAUUAGCGACUCUGCUGUACCAGGAAUGGAUAUUGUGGAAUACGAGGAUAAGUUACUUGGGCCAGCAGUGGAGUAUAUUGUUGGUAACUCCUUGGUUGCGGAUGAUAUUAAUGUGGCUCGAUCAUUAAGAUGGAACUCAUCCAAGAAGUUUGAAAACAAAAUUGUGACAUUGCAAGGGUCUGUUAUUCACAAAUCGGGUCAAAUGACAGGGGGACAACAGACGCGUAAAUCUUCUGCGAAUAUCAGUUGGGAUAAACAAGAAUGGACCAAGUUGAACGAUAGAAAGGAGAGCUUGUUGUCCGAGGUUUUGAAGUUGCAAGAGACUAGACCAAAGGAAUUGGAAAUCAAUUUGUUGGCAGAUGAAAUUAGCCAGUUGGAUGAUAAGCUACCAAUUUUGAAGAAUCAGAAAGCUUCAUUGGAUAGGGCAAUUAACGAUAAAAUCAGCGAGAUAAAUUUUCAAAAGGAACAGUGCAAGACAUAUGCGGAGUCUUUGGAGAAAAUGAGAACAGAGUUCAAAGAAAUUGGUGCCAAGAUUGCAAAGUUUGAAAAAGAAAUUAAAAAGCAAAAGUCCGUGAUCUACAAAGACUUUUGCAAAAAGUGGGGGAUCAAAGAUGGCAUAGAAAAGUAUGAGGAAUUGCACGGAACCGCAUUGAGAACGAGAGCGAAGGAAAGAGCCUUGUUUUUGAAAUCUAUUUCUGUCUUGCAAAAUAGAUUAGACUUUGAGACAAGCCGUUGCGAGGAAACAGAAUCACGAAAGAGUUCCAUCACGAACCAAAUUGUAGAUUUGAGAGAAGAGUUGGAAAACGUGGUUGAAGAGAAACAAAGAUUGGAAGAAAACCUUGACAAUGUUCAAGCCGAGAGUGAAAUCUUACGAAAAGAGCGAAAGAAGGUUGCGCUGCUAUUGGAGACAAAAAUGCGUUCAUCCAAAUUGGUUGAGAAUGACGUUGCUGAAGCCUCUCUGGAAGUGACAAAUCUUACAAAAGAGAUUAUUCAAAAGGAAGAGACGUUGUUAAAGGUAGAUUCGAUCAGGGCCAAUAUCUUGAAACACUGUAAAAUACAGAAUAUAAUUUUACCGUUGGAUGCAGGUGACCUAGAUUGUAUUUCCAUGGGCGAAGACUCGGAUGAGAUCUUAGGGGAGAUUUACAAAAUAGAAAUUGAUUACGAAAUGCUUGACCAAAAAUAUAAGGAUACAUUUAGUCCCAAAUUGGAAGCUGAACUCGAGGUGAUGCUUCAGAAUACCAUUGAGAGUUUGGAGAAAUUGACGCCAAAUGCCAAGGCAAUGGAAAGGUUCAAAGAAGUGGAAAACAAAUUGAGAGGUUAUGACAAGGAUUAUACAGUUGCUCGCCAAAAAGAAAGAAAAGCGGCAGAUAGGUUUAGGGAAAUUAGCGAAAAGAGAUACGACAAAUUUAUGGAAGCCUUCAACCACAUAUCUGGCUGUAUUGAUGCCACAUACAAGGAAUUGACCAAAUCCAACUUGUCUCCGAUGGGUGGGUCAGCAUUCUUGAUCUUAGAAGAUGAAGAUACACCAUAUUUGUCAGGCGUAAAGUACCAUGCUAUGCCUCCUAUGAAAAGGUUUCAGGAUAUGGAAUUAUUGUCUGGUGGUGAAAAGACAAUGGCGGCGUUAGCGUUACUAUUUGCUCUCCAUUCCUUCCAGCCUGCGCCAUUCUUUGUGUUGGAUGAAAUAGAUGCAGCUUUGGAUAACAGCAAUGUUGGCAAGAUUGGCAAUUAUAUUAAAAACCAUGCUGGACCAAACUUUCAAUUUAUUGUUAUAUCAUUGAAAAACAAUUUGUAUGAAAAGUCUGAUGCAUUAGUGGGCAUAUACCGCGAGCAAAGACAAAAUAGCUCCAAGACGGUAACGCUUGAUUUGAGUGAGUAUCCUGACGAGGAUAUGCCAUUGCAGGGUAAUCCAGUUGCCGCGGCUUAG